UUUCGCCCGCUCCCCGCGCCCCCGCCCCCGCGCCGCUGCCCGCGGCUCCGCUAUGGCUGCGUUGCGGAGGCUGCUGCGGCCGCCGCCCCGGGUGCCGCCCGUGCUGUGCCCGCACCAGCCCUUCCUCGGGCCGUGGGGGCGGCCUUCAGAGACCGCCCCGCCCGGCCGCUGCUUCUCCAGCCGCGAGGACGAGGAAGGGGUGGUGGCCGAGGCGGCGCGGUGGCGGCGGCGGCGGCGCUGGGGGGAGCUGAGCAUCGCGGCGGCGGCCGGCGGGGGUCUGGUCGGCCUCGUGUGCUACCAGCUGUACGGCGACCCCAGGCCCGAGCCCACCCGCGCGCCGCUGCCCGGCCGCCCCUCCGGGAGCGCGGCCGCAGAGCCCGGGGACCCGCCGCACGGCCGGGGGCUGCUGCCCAUCCCGGUGGCCGCUGCCAAGGAGACGGUUGCUGUUGGAAGAACAGAUAUGGAAGACUUAGACCUCUGUGCUACCUCUCGGGAGAGGCGAUUUCGUUUGUUUGCUUCUAUAGAAUGUGAAGGGCAGUUAUUCAUGACUCCGUAUGAUUUUAUUUUGGCUGUUACAACAGAUGAGCCCAAAUUUGCUAAAACGUGGAAGUCACUUUCCAAACAGGAAUUAAAUCAGAUGCUCUCAGAAACACCACCAGUUUGGAAGGGAUCAUCAAAGCUAUUUCGAAAUCUUAAGGAAAGAGGUGUGAUUUCUUACACAGAAUAUCUUUUUCUUUUGUGUAUUUUAACAAAGCCACAUGCAGGUUUUAGAAUAGCUUUCAACAUGUUUGACACUGAUGGCAAUGAGAUGGUGGAUAAAAAGGAGUUUUUGGUGCUUCAAGAGAUAUUCAGGAAAAAAAAUGAAAAAAGAGAAACUAAAGGAGAUGAAGAAAAGCGUGCGAUGCUGCGUCUUCAACUUUAUGGAUACCAUUCUCCUACUAAUAGUGUACUUAAAACAGAUGCAGAGGAACUCGUCUCCCGAAGCUAUUGGGACACACUGAGGCGAAACACAAGCCAAGCGCUCUUCUCAGACCUCGCAGAGCGAGCUGAUGACAUCACAAGUUUAGUAGCAGAUACUACACUUCUUGUCCACUUUUUUGGAAAGAAAGGAAAAGCUGAGCUCAACUUUGAAGAUUUUUAUAGAUUCAUGGAUAACCUCCAAACAGAAGUUCUAGAAAUAGAAUUCCUUUCCUACUCUAAUGGAAUGAAUACUAUCAGUGAGGAAGAUUUUGCUCAUAUUCUUUUACGAUAUACAAAUGUGGAAAAUACAUCAGUAUUUUUGGAAAAUGUGCGUUACAGUAUACCUGAAGAGAAGGGCAUCACAUUUGAUGAAUUCAGGUCAUUUUUCCAAUUUCUGAACAACCUAGAAGACUUUGCAAUAGCCCUAAAUAUGUAUAACUUUGCAAGCCGUUCUAUAGGACAAGAUGAAUUUAAACGUGCUGUCUACGUAGCUACUGGACUCAAACUUUCACCACAUUUAGUGAAUACUGUCUUCAAGAUUUUUGAUGUUGACAAAGAUGACCAAUUAAGUUAUAAAGAAUUUAUUGGAAUUAUGAAAGACAGACUCCAUAGAGGAUUCCGGGGUUAUAAGACAGUCCAGAAGUAUCCUACUUUCAAAUCCUGUCUGAAAAAAGAACUUCAUAGCAGAUAAGUACUCCUAAAAAAAAAACUUUAAAGAACUAUUAUCUGACAAACACAGAAGCAAAAAUUUCUUAGAACAGAAGCAAGUCUGAGAUCAGAACAUGUAGAAAAUGAAGGAAAAGGCAAAAUGUUAUGAAAUUUCUAUUUUUCUUGGAUGGAAUUCUUAGAGAUGAAAUGCUUCUUCUAUCCAUGUUUUGUAUAACCAAGCUGAGCUUUUGCCUUGAUUUACUGAACUCUGCACUGUUUCAUUCCUUUCAGAAGUACAAAGAUACUUCAGUGACUACAUUAGAAUGUAUUUUAAAUGUUUCUAUUUAUUUAUUAGAAUUUUGUCUCAUUUUAAAGUAAUUUAUGACUCAUAGAAUGCAGAUCACCUAAAAAUGGACAGAUUGUUUUUUCCUUUCAGGUACCAAGUAUCAAACUCACAGCCUCAUGCUUGCCAGGCAGGUACUGUGCCACUGAGCUAUAUCCCUGGCCCCAAAUGGACAAAAUGCUUUCUCUGGUUUUGAACUGUGAACUUAAUUUGGAAAAUGAAUAUUGCACCUGGACCCUUAGAAUUGUUAGUAAAUCCCUAUUGUUUUCCAGGUUUUUAAGUAUAUUGAAAUAAUUUUUGGAAAAUAAGUAGAAAUUAAGGUAUUAAAUAACGAUGAUGGUUUACAUUGUACUUUUAACUUUUAAAAGUACUUAAGUAUAUUUAUUGCUUGACUUGUGAAAUAUUUUGUUGUUGUUUUUCAUUUACCAAAGCCAACAGAAUGUCUGGUAUCCUUUAUGUAUAGUGUGAUGAACUUAAGUAGUUUUUUUUCUCAAAAAAUAAAUGUCAUAUUGAUAAUUAGAAGCAGGGUCAGUUGUAAUAGUAGACACUGUCAUUAUUAUUUUAAACAUGAUGCUGCUCCUGAUUAUAGGUGAAAUAUGUAACUCUAGUAAAUAUUCUACAACUCUAACUUUUCUGUAUUGUUAAUAUAUGUCUGUGAUACCAAAAUGAGUGUUAUAAAUUAAUAAUUAAAAGUAGUUUAGAAGACCGAUGUAUGCUUAGGCAGAAGCUAAUAUUUUGUUUCUUGCUGAAGGACCACAGGCAAAAGUGAUGCCAGUAAUAACAAAUAACUUAAAUAUAAUUUGUUAUUUCAAAAACCAUAUGUCUUAAGUGGGAAAAUAGAAACUUGAUUUUGAAAAACUACAAAAUUAGGUUUUCAAAUGGAAAAAUAAUUUGAUAGUACUUUAUAAAAAUCUGUUUAAAGACAUGUAGUUAAUAUAUGGAUACUAUACAAAAAUAGUGCAAUGAAUUUAAUAGUGCAUGUGGAAUAUAGUUCAUUUAUCUUUUUAAGGCCUAUUUAAUGACAUUACAUACACUCCAAUUAUUGUAUUGCUUUCGCAUAUGAAAAUAAGAAACACUUUGUUUUUAUGUUACUAAAUGUGAAACUGAUUUGCAUCAUCUUAUUUAUAGAAGUAAUGUUAUUUCCAAGAAAACGUUGUCAGCAUUGAUUUUGUAUUUAAGACUUUUUACAUUCUUUACCUGAUCUAUUUAUUAUGCCAACAUAUAAAUACAGAUUUUUAAGUUUAAGAAUCACACAUAGUGUAAUAAUUUAAGUUUUCUUUUUUGAAGACUUAGUCAGCCGAUUGACUGGGAUGCUCACUGAUUUAUCAUGUCCAGCUCUACUGUACUUCACACUGAGUGUUCUCCAUAUUACUAUGUAUCUAAAAUAAUUGAAAAAAUGCAGCUUCGUCUUGGGUCCUAAGUUAAAUUACCUUGAACAUAUGUAGUAUCUUAUAAAUGUAGAUUAAAAAUUGAAUUAGCUUGUAAAAAUCCUUUAGAAUUCAUCUCCCAAGGAAGAAUAUCAUGCUACAUACAUAAUCACAUUUUUAUUACUUGCCAAUGUGAAUGCAUCUAUAUAUAAGGCUGCAACAUAAUAUAAAAAUAGGGAUAAAUAAAAUACUCUAAUCAAAGUAAGUAGAAAGAUAAUAGUAAAUUUCAGUGAUUCCCUUUAUAAUACCACUCUUGAAAUUUAUCACCUAUGAAAUGGAAGUAAAAACACUCACUGGAUUGUUGUUUACAUCAAUUUAAAUAUUUUUAAAUUAUUUGAAAAUAAUGUACUAAAUACAUGCCUGCUGUUAUUUUUGGUAUUUCCUUUUAUAAACUAUUCUUUGCAGAGAUUAAGUUAUACACAAAACUGUGGUGUUAUCAUUUUUAGAGAAACCCUAUGUGAUAUGUGAUAAAUGAUCUGUGGUACUUCUCAGAAUCAUUUCCCAGUAAGAAAUUAUUUAACUGAAACUCCAAUGAAUUGUUCUAAUUACAAAUUGUAAUUGUGAAGCAGUCUAUCUUACAUAUUUAUAUUAUUUUAAAAUAAACAUACCUAUCCUUGAAUCACAAAA